UCUAAAAUCAACAAUCACAACAAUCUUAACUUAAAGUUGAGAUUGUAUAAUGCAUCAUUUUUUGUGGUUGUUGGUGGGGACCUACCUAAAACAAUAUAUGCAUUGUUAACAUUUUGUCACUUCCAAAUAUUGUAUUAUGCACAGUACAUGUAUUCAACAAACACAAUUUCAAACGAACCUAAUUGUAGAGCAGACAAUUUCAACAAAACUAUCGCAACUUUGAAGACGCCUAAGUAGUAAGUACUAACCGUCUAACCCUCAUUCUCAUUACUUCGUCUUCCUCCCCUCGGUCCCCGUAUUGUUCGAGAUAGUCGACUGUCUUGUUUGCUCACGUCGCCGGAUGCUUCGACUCGAUUCAACUCCAAACUCUGCAGCUUCAUUCGAGCCGUCCUCCACAGAUCCGGAGAACCCUGACGAGGGUUUAUGAGCUCCUUCUUUCUCACCCUCAAUCCAAAAGUAGCUGAUUUGGAUUGUGGAAAUUAGUAUUGACAUUGAUCGCCCGGCCCUUCCGGGAAGAUUUUGGGUAUCAUUAUACUAUUGACUUGGAAUAGAGUGGAACCGAGAAGAUCAUAUGAAACCUUCGGCGGCAGCAAUCUUCUUCAUUUGUCUGCUCCUCUCCGACUGCCUUCACACUGUCCGUGGAGAAGAAACCAAGAAGAACAAGUUUCGGGAGCGGGAGGCCAGUGACGAUGCCGCCGGCUACCCAGAACUGGAUGAAGAUGCGUUGUUGAAUACGCAGUGCCCUAGGAACUUAGAGCUGAGAUGGCAAACAGAAGUAAGCUCUAGCAUUUACGCUACUCCCUUGAUUGCUGAUAUCAACAGUGACGGGAAGCUAGACAUAGUAGUUCCCUCUUUUCUGCACUAUCUAGAAGUUCUUGAAGGCUCUGAUGGGGAUAAAAUGCCUGGCUGGCCUGCUUUCCACCAGUCUACUGUUCAUGCUAGUCCUCUCCUACACGACAUUGACAAAGAUGGUGUAAAAGAAAUUGCUCUGGCCACAUACAAUGGGGUGGUGAUGUUUUUCAGGGUUUCAGGCUACAUGAUGACGGAGAAACUGGAGAUACCUCGUAGAAGAGUUAAAAAAGAUUGGUAUGUUGGCCUGAAACAAGACCCUGCGGAUCGUUCUCAUCCUGAUGUCCAUGAUGAUGAACUUAUCAGGGAUGCUGCUGAGAAGAAUUCAGUGUCCCAAACAUCUGGAGUUACUCAUGGAAACACUCCGGAUACAACCACUCCAUUUACUAACUCAGCAGAAAACCAACCUCCAGGAAAUGGAAGUGUAUCUGUAGCAAACACAACGGUUACUAGUUCAGAGGCCAAUAAUCCUAAAGCCGAAGGAAGUACUCUUGGACAAGCAAAUGGUACAGAAACUUUAACAUUGCAGAUUACCGUUCCUGCAAAUAGGAGUGCAUUGGAUGCAAACAAUACUGUCCCUACAUCAAUUGCAAACAAUCCAGCUAAUACAUCCAAUCGAGAGAGUGUACGUGUGAGGAUUGCAGAAUCCGUCUUCAAAAUGCCCACAAGGCCAGAUAAUAAUUCUGGAAAUGCCGAGUCUACAAGAUUGGGUGAUGCGGAUAAUAAAACAGUUUCUGCUCGGCGUCUUCUUGAAGAUAAUGAUUCAAAGGUUUCAGAUUCAGAGAAUGAAAAGAAUACUCGUGAUGACCUUCAUGUGGCCACUGUGGAGAAUGAUGAAGGGUUGGAAGCAGAUGCUGAUUCAUCAUUUGAGUUAUUCCGUGACACUGAUGAGCUGGCCGAUGAAUACAAUUAUGACUAUGAUGAUUAUGUAAAUGAAUCGAUGUGGGGAGAUGAGGAGUGGAAUGAAGGAAAACAUGAGAAAUUGGAAGACUAUGUCAACGUUGAUGCCCAUAUAUUGUCUACUCCUGUUAUAGCAGACAUUGAUAAGGAUGGAGUUUCAGAGAUGAUUAUUGCAGUAUCAUACUUCUUUGAUCACGAGUACUAUGACAACCCAGAACAUUUGAAGGAACUAGGCGGGAUAGAUAUUGCAAAGUAUGUUGCUGGCUCAAUAGUGGUUUUUAAUCUUGACACAAAGCAAAUUAAGUGGACCAGAGAACUAGAUUUAAGUACAGAUAGUGCCACCUUCCGUGCAUAUAUAUAUUCCACACCUACUGUAGCUGAUCUGGAUGGUGAUGGCUAUUUGGACAUUCUAGUUGGAACCUCAUUUGGCUUGUUUUACAUCCUGGAUCACCGCGGUAAUGUUAGGGAAAAGUUUCCACUCGAAAUGGCUGAAAUUCAGGGAGGAGUAGUUGCUGCUGAUAUUAAUGAUGAUGGUAAAAUUGAACUGGUGACCACUGACACACAUGGAAAUAUUGCCGCAUGGACUCCCCAAGGAGUAGAAAUUUGGGAGACUCAUCUCAAGAGUCUUGUUUCCCAGCAACCAACUGUAGGUGAUGUUGAUGGUGAUGGCCACACUGAUGUGGUGGUUCCAACACUCUCAGGGAACAUAUAUGUCCUUAGUGGCAAAGAUGGCUCUAUGGUCCGCCCUUACCCAUACAGAACUCAUGGGAGAGUGACCAAUCAAGUCCUUCUCAUCGAUCUUAGUAAACGAGGGGAGAAAAGCAAAGGGCUUAGUUUAGUGACCACAUCAUUUGACGGUUACUUGUAUCUUAUAGAUGGACCUACAUCCUGUGCGGACGUUGUUGACAUUGGGGAAACUUCGUAUAGCAUGGUUUUGGCUGACAAUGUGGAUGGUGGAGAUGAUCUGGACCUGAUCGUCACAACCAUGAACGGGAAUGUCUUUUGCUUCUCCACUCCAUCGCCACAUCAUCCCUUGAAGGCCUGGAGGUCUCCUAAUCAAGGACGGAACAAUCUGGCCAAUCGCUACAAUCGUGAAGGGGUCUUCAUCACACAUCCUUCGAGAGCUUUCCGGGAUGAAGAAGGAAAGAGCUUCUGGGUGGAGAUCGAGAUUGUAGAUAAACACAGGUUCCCGUCUGGAUCUCAAGCACCCUACAAUGUCACUACAACACUGUUGGUUCCAGGCAACUACCAAGGUGACAGAAGGAUAACACAAUCUCAGAUCUACGACCAACCGGGGAAGUACCGGGUAAAGCUUCCUACAGUUGGAGUCAGGACGACAGGAACAGUGGUGGUGGAAAUGGUGGACAAGAACGGACUUCAUUUCACCGACGACUUCUCUCUGACUUUCCAUAUGUAUUACUACAGAAUGCUGAAAUGGCUGGUCGUCCUCCCAAUGCUUGGCAUGUUCGGCAUUCUGGUCAUUCUUCGUCCACAGGAAGCUAGGCCUUUGCCCUCUUUCUCUCGGAACACCGACCUAUGACUGGAGAGAUCUCAACCUUUUCCACUCACAUCAAACAUGGUUGGUCAACUAACUUGAAUGGGCACCAAAGCUCAGGACAAGAGGCAUCUGCGAAUCGAGCGGAGCCAAGUUAUUCUGGGUACAGGGAGAAGAGGUUUCGAAGAUGCAAACAUGACAGAAGUUUGGAUUAGAGCGUUGAUUGAGGACUGAACAUUGUAAUAUAGUACUCUUGGAGUUGACAUAGGUUGGAUUUUGGAGUCGUUUGUACCAAAAGAAUACUGGAAAAAGGUCAGAGCUUGACUAGCUAGCUGCCAGUUUUACCAUCUACUACAUAUUUACAAAAUAUAACAGCUUCACUCGGCCCAGAAUCAGAAAUCAAAGCACUCCACAAUUUAUCAAGAGAGAAACGAAGUAUCUGCCUAUGAUUGAGACAAGAAAUGUUUACAGAGGAAGAAGAAGAAGACACUCCAUUAGCAAACCUGAAGCCGAUUGCUUGCUACUUGCUAGGGUGGUCAUUGAAGAGUAAAGCAAACCCAUCAAAAAAGUAGCAGCCAACUGCUUGCUUGCAAUUUACCCGGGUUAAUAUAUUUGUAUGACCUGAACUUUUCACAUAAUAAACAUGCUUGCUUGUAAUUUACCCGGGUUAAUAUAUUUGUAUGGCCUGACCUUUACAUAUAAUAAACAUGCUGGCCAAUCUUUUCGAUCUAUAACAUCAUGGCCUGAACUAUACACCAAAGUAACGAAAUUGACCAAACCCAAAAAUUGGCCGUUAUCUUGGACGGUCUAACGCGUUGACUAACAGUCAACACGCCACGUCGCCGCCAAAUCAGCACCUUUCACUUAAUUUUUUUUUAUAAUUUCCACCUAUUACUAUUUUUUUUCUCCAUUUUGAAUCCAAAAAAAAUUAAAAAGUGAAUUUCUA